AUGGAGGACGGCCAUUGUAAAACUGUGGAAGAAGUGAUAAAUUACUUCAACGUCGAUCCCGAUCAGGGACUAAGUCCCGAUCAAGUCAAAAGGAAUCAGGAGAAGUAUGGUCUCAACGAAUUGCCAGCUGAGGAGGGAAAAUCCAUCUGGCAACUCGUCCUGGAACAGUUCGAUGACCUUCUAGUUAAGAUUCUUCUAUUAGCUGCUAUUAUUUCUUUUGUAUUAGCCUUAUUUGAAGAGCACGAGGAUGCGUUCACGGCCUUCGUCGAACCCUUUGUCAUCCUGCUUAUCCUUAUCGCCAAUGCCGUGGUCGGUGUCUGGCAAGAACGAAAUGCCGAGUCUGCGAUUGAGGCGCUCAAGGAAUACGAACCCGAGAUGGGUAAAGUUGUACGAGGGGACAAAUCUGGUGUUCAGAGGAUUCGGGCCAAAGAGAUCGUGCCCGGCGAUAUUGUAGAAAUAUCAGUCGGCGACAAGAUCCCAGCUGAUAUCCGUCUGUCCAAAAUCUUUUCGACUACCCUCAGGAUCGAUCAGUCGAUUCUAACUGGGGAAUCGGUGUCCGUGAUCAAGCACACCGACCCUGUGGCCGACCCACGCGCUGUCAAUCAGGAUAAGAAGAACAUCUUGUUCUCUGGUACCAACGUCGCCGCUGGAAAAGCUCGCGGUGUCGUUAUUGGAACCGGCUUAAACACGGCCAUCGGUAAGAUCCGUACGGAGAUGUCGGAGACCGAGGAAAUCAAGACACCGUUGCAGCAGAAAUUGGAUGAGUUCGGCGAGCAAUUGUCGAAAGUUAUUUCCGUAAUUUGCGUUGCUGUAUGGGCCAUCAAUAUUGGCCAUUUCAACGAUCCAGCUCACGGUGGUUCUUGGAUUAAGGGUGCCAUUUACUAUUUUAAAAUUGCUGUCGCUCUCGCUGUAGCCGCUAUUCCUGAAGGCUUGCCCGCUGUAAUCACAACUUGCUUAGCUCUGGGUACCAGGCGUAUGGCCAAAAAGAACGCCAUUGUACGAUCUUUGCCAUCCGUAGAGACUCUGGGUUGUACAUCCGUCAUUUGCUCCGAUAAAACUGGCACUCUGACGACUAACCAGAUGUCCGUUAGCCGAAUGUUCAUCUUUGACAAGAUUGAGGGUAAUGAUAGCAGCUUCCAUGAAUUCGAAAUCACCGGCUCGACUUAUGAACCCAUCGGUGAGGUCUUCUUGAGAGGUCAGAAAAUUAGAGGACAAGAUUAUGAAACAUUGCACGAGAUCAGUACAAUCUGCAUCAUGUGCAACGAUUCUGCUAUCGACUUUAACGAGUUCAAACAGGCAUUCGAGAAGGUCGGUGAGGCUACAGAGACCGCUUUGAUCGUUCUCGCCGAGAAAAUCAAUCCGUUUGGUGUCCCAAAAAGCGGUUUGGAUCGCCGAGCUGGCGCUAUUAUCGUCAGGCAGGAUAUGGAAACAAAGUGGAAGAAGGAAUUCACGCUAGAGUUCUCUCGUGAUCGCAAGUCCAUGUCAUCGUACUGCGUGCCUCUGAAAUCAUCGAAACUAGGAACUGGACCGAAAUUAUUCGUCAAGGGUGCGACGGAAGGUGUAUUGGACAGGUGCACACAUUGCCGCGUCGGUGGUCAAAAGAUUCCUCUGACUUCGACCCUGAAAAACCGCAUUCUGGAUUUGACCCGCCAAUAUGGAACUGGUAGGGAUACCUUGCGCUGCCUUGCUCUCGCCACCGCUGAUCACCCGAUGAAGCCUGACGAUAUGGAUCUGGGCGACUCCACUAAAUUCUACACAUACGAAAAAGAUCUCACAUUUAUUGGUGUGGUGGGCAUGCUCGAUCCACCUCGCAAAGAAGUAUUUGAUUCGAUUGCUAGGUGCCGCGCUGCUGGCAUUCGCGUAAUCGUUAUCACCGGCGAUAACAAAGCUACUGCCGAAGCCAUUUGCCGACGUAUUGGAGUCUUCGGUGAGGAUGAAGACACCACCGGCAAGUCAUAUUCCGGACGUGAAUUUGAUGAUCUGCCGACAUCAGAACAGAAAGCGGCUUGCGCCAGAGCUCGCCUCUUCUCUCGCGUAGAACCGGCUCAUAAGUCAAAGAUCGUGGAAUUCUUACAAGGCAUGAAUGAAAUUUCUGCUAUGACUGGUGAUGGUGUGAAUGAUGCUCCUGCCUUGAAGAAGGCUGAGAUCGGUAUCGCUAUGGGCUCUGGUACCGCAGUCGCGAAAUCGGCUUCAGAGAUGGUGUUGGCAGACGACAAUUUCUCUUCCAUCGUAGCUGCUGUAGAGGAAGGCCGUGCCAUCUAUAAUAACAUGAAACAAUUUAUCCGUUACCUCAUUUCUUCCAACAUCGGCGAAGUCGUCAGUAUAUUCUUGACCGCCGCUCUUGGUCUUCCCGAAGCACUGAUUCCGGUCCAACUUCUGUGGGUCAACUUGGUCACUGAUGGUCUUCCAGCUACUGCUCUCGGUUUCAAUCCACCCGAUUUGGACAUUAUGAGCAAGCCUCCUCGCAAAGCUGACGAAUCCCUGAUUUCUGGAUGGUUGUUUUUCCGUUACCUGGCUAUUGGUGGAUAUGUAGGCGCUGCCACCGUUGGUUCAGCUGCUUGGUGGUUCAUGUACAGUCCAAAUGGCCCUCAAAUGAAUUACUAUCAAGUUACUCACCACUUGGCAUGUAUUGGCGGUGGAAACGAAUUCAAGGGUAUUAAUUGCAAGAUAUUUGCUGAUCCUCAUCCCAUGACUAUGGCUCUCUCUGUAUUGGUCACCAUUGAAAUGUUAAAUGCCAUGAACAGCUUGUCUGAGAAUCAGUCGCUCAUCUCCAUGCCGCCUUGGUCCAACAUGUGGCUCAUUGCAUCCAUGGCUCUUUCUUUCACACUCCAUUUUGUCAUCUUGUACGUCGAUGUUCUUUCGUCCGUAUUCCAAGUGACCCCACUAACGUUUGAAGAAUGGGUUACCGUUAUGAAGUUCUCCAUUCCAGUGGUACUUCUCGACGAAACCUUGAAGUUCGUUGCCAGAAAGAUCACAGACGUGGCACCGGCGGUGGUCUCGCCGAAAUAAAGCUCGAGGGGACGUAGGGCGAAUCUGAGAGACACCCAAUCAGCCGCAGCCGAGAAAUCGGCGACCCACAGCACACUACACUCUCGAGCUGCUUGAAGGGACUGGAGACGUCUUUACUUAACAGCCAAAAAAAAACUGAAUAUUUCCCGAGUGAAACCACAAAAUAUAUUCCCCUCCCACCGACCCAACACGCACCGCAAUAAGCACCACGCAUACAUGUGCACGCGCACGUUCGUCUGCGUGGCGAUCGGCAUCCAAGAUCGAUCUCCCGCGGGAUGACGAAGAAAUAGAAAAGAGAACGAAUGUACGAGUGUAAUUUUAUGGCGAUCAGAUUAACUGCGGUAUUAAUCGCAGUUGCAUAAAGACCUCAUUCACUUUUGAUCGAUAUUGUUGUGUUAUUAUGCGCCAGUAGGUUCCAUCUAACGAUGUUAUGAUUGUGAUGAUAAGUAAAUAAGGAUAUUGAUUUUAUUCGAAUCGCGUCAAAAGGUGUGUUUCAAUUUUAUUCGUCAUUUUUCCGUUACCGAAAGGGUAGCUGCUUGUUACAGCGCGAGAGACGCAUCGGAACGCAAUAUUCCUUUACAGAAGGGGAUAGUUAUGUGUACGUCGGUCAAUCGACGUUGAUUUAAAACUACAGCGAUCUCAUGACCAUUCCUUUUUACAAAGGAGAUCCGUACAUUCGUUCCAACCAGUCGCACCCAAUUAAUCCGAGGACCGAUCGUUUCAGAUCGCCGAAGUCGAGAGGAAGAUGCCGACGCAGUGCCGGCUCGAGAGCUAAAAACGUCUGGCUGUUCAACAUUUUUUUUCCUUCCCUUUAGUUCGCCACAUAGGUCUCCGCCGCUCGUUAAUCGUUCUCGUGUGUAUUAUGUUACAGUAAAUGAGGUGGUCGUCGACAAGUGGGCUCAGUAAAUGAGUGGGUCGUCGACAGGCGUGAAUCCACACUCCGUCGCCACCGAGCGCGCGAGGCAAAAGCUCAACCCGAAAAUUAAAAAAAAAGCCCAAACGAAAGAAACUAAAAAGAUGCAAAGACGAACGAACAAAAACGUGAAAUAACCGGCGCGCUUGUGCUCCGUAGAGCGCUGAAAUAACAGAAACGGCAGCAGCAGCAGCAACGCACUCAAUAACCACUUAGCUACCUGCCAACCUGCAGUUCGGGGAUCCUCCUUCGUGCCCGGGACUCCCCCGAUCGCUGAGUAGAUGCGCUGUACCGUCUCGCCGCCGCUGCUUUUAUUCUUUUCCAUCUUCUCUUCUCCCUCUCCGCAAGAUCGCUGCGCACGAGAGGUCGUUCGAGUCGAGUUCGUCAUCCCGAGGCUGACGAAAGCGAAGCGAACGAACGGCUUUGGGGAAAUUCUUCGUCUUCGGUGUCUGGAGCCGCAUAUUAACGUUCUUAACUCAACGACUGUGCCUUCUUAGAGCCGAUUACGCCAAGGUCGGUCAGCGUUAAUCUCGAUCGAACCACUCUUUCUCCUUCCUGUUCGUGCAAGGUGUCAUUUGCAGUCGCGCUCUAAAAUAUAAGACUUUAUCGGCGUUUUAUUACUCUAUUAUAGUCAUGAUUAUUUUUAUUAUUAUUGAUAAAAUAAUAAUUUUCAAAUUACUUUUUCUUUAAACGAUUAGAAGAAACUGAUGUUAGUCGAAAUCUGGAAUAAUUGGAAGGACCGAAAUCUUUCCUUUCACAUUUAACACCUUGUAUGGGACAGAACUUGGGUAAAAGAUCAGCUGACUCAAACCGUCGGUGCAACUCAGCCUUAGUUUCCUACCCGAGCGAGGAACGAUGCGAUAUAACUGCUCGCGAGAAAGUAGAAAAGCGCUGCCUUGUAAUCCAUUUUUAAUCCCUAACGCCUCGGGCGCGUAUUAACGCACAUAACGUAAUCUAAUCGGCCACGCAUUCCUCUUUCUCCUAAAUCCAAGUAAUUGUAAAUCAAUCACAUGCUUCUGAAAAAUAUUCCGAAAGUAAUCAGACAGCUUUAUUAAAGACGACAGCUUGCCCGAAAGUCUUCGAGUGAGAUUUAGAGUAAAAUCGUAUUCGAUAUGCAACGACCGAAAAAGAGUCAAUCGAUCUGCUCGAGAAUCUCAUUAAUAAAAAAAAGACAAAUCAAAACGUUUGCCUUUAACGUAUUUAGGUUUGUAUCUCGUUUCAUCUCGUCUCUUUUUCGCCCUUCUCUCUCAAUUUUCAGACGUACUAUUUUUCUCCUUAUUCUUCUCACCUAUUUUCCGCGUCGCUUUAUCGAUAUGGUGUUCUACUUGUUUUCUCUUCUCUAUUUUUCUCUUUUUUCUCACAUUUUUCUUCCUUACUCUGUUUUUCUUUUUUCCGAUAUAAAGAUCUCGCUUAGCGAUACGUUCUUCCUAACAAACCUAACAAACUCGACGCGACGGUCGUGUCCUCGACUAUACAGGCAAAUAGAGACAACAAUCUACAUUUUCGAUCGAAGCUGAGCCAACUAUUGUACGUUGAAGCAAUUUUCGUCUCUCAAUAUAUAUACACGAAACCGGUUCUAUUAAUCUGUUUCUGAAAACGUAAGCUAUCGAUCCAUCACUUUGCUCUAACAUGAUUAAUCGACUUUUGUCCGAUAGUGAAGAUUGUUGCCUCGAAAUUCUUGUACAUCUUCUAUAGAGGCGCAAAUUGUAUCGUCCGAAGCAAUCAAUCCGCUGGAUUGAAACGAAAAUGGUCCCUUUUUAUCGGGAAUUCCCUUAGCUUUCAAGACGCUGUAUCCUACCUGCGAUACGAGAGAGAAUCCGCGUAGAGAUUAGAUAUCCAAUCGCAACGCGGAGAUUAGGUGCCCGGUCUUCCCUAUCAAUCACGAACGACGGAAUCCUCCGUAGCUUGGAACGUCCGGUUCGAUGAGAAAAAGACCCGUCACUCGUACCUGGAACGCUCAAUGAUACCACAGUCCGUCCGCGCGCGCUCGCGUUUAUCCUGCACACAGUCGCGAGAGAGAGAGAGAGAGAGAGAAAAAGAAAGAGUCCUCGACAGUCUUGUACAUGCUGAAGAGAAAGAAAGAGAGUGAGAAAUUGUGUGCGUGCGUGUGUAUGUGUGUAUGUGUGUGUGUGUGUCUAUCCUCAUCGCGCAAAACGAACGAGGAACGAAGGAACCUAUUCGCGCCGUUCUGGGUCUCCGUAAAUCCUUCGGGGAUGCAACUCACCGCUGCCAAGUCAAGACAAUCACCGCGCGGCGAAGAUGCACGUCGGAGACAGCCGGACAGUGGGAACGAAGGAGAGGGUUGACCAGAGGAGGUCGUUUGACUCCUCGAAGCGACUAGACGAGGGUGUCGAGUGGUGCCUCUGCGAAAAAAACGAAACGAAGCGACGACGGUUUCGAGCAGUGACGUAGCUUCCGCGACUGGAGGCUGUCGCGAUGAAAGCGAGUUUAACUGUGCCUGCGUGCCGGUGACACGGCGAUGCACGUCCGAAUGACCACGAAGCAGCGCCGAGUUACCGCUGAAGCUCCUUUCGCAUGAGCCACUCUAUCCACGCGAAGGUGUUCCUGAAAUACAUUUUUUGGAAGAAAUUAUCACCUUGAAAAAAAAAACUUUUCCCUCCCUUCUUUCCAAUCUCCGCGCACAGACGGAAGAGAUUGUCACGAAAAGUGAGCCAUCAAGAGAGCGGCUCGUGCGAGAAGGAAUCCAGCGAAGCGAAGAAGGCUCUCCUCCGGAUACGCACGAAACUUACGCCACCGGAGAAUCCAGUAAUCUCGCGAGAGUUUAAGUAGUUAUUGUAAAUAUCGCGCACGCGACGAUAUAUAACAGAGGAGAGAUAUUCUACAUAAAUACAUAUAGUUAUAUACAUAAACACAUUAUAUAUAUUUUUUUUCGUGAAGAAGCGCACAGAUGGACGCGUCGUCGCUGCGGACGAUAAUAAAUUAUUGUUAUUGAUAAUAUAUUACUACUAUUAUUAUUAUUAUCAUCAUCGCUACUCUUGUUAGUAUUACUGUUAUCAUUGAAAGGCGUCACUGGUUUGGUGAUAUACUGUAUAUUGUACGGCGGAAGCGCGAAACCUUCCGAGGACCGGGCUUCGAGCGAGAAGGAUUCAAACUGCUGAGGCUCAUGGGGUUUUUUCUUUCCUUGUUUAUAUUCAUACACGGGUUGAUCGUUCUUCGUGGUGACAUUAGAGGCGGAAAUAGCCACCUCGCGGCGUUCUGAUUGUUACUUAGGGAGAGAUAAAGAAAGAAAGACAGAGAGAGAAAGACAGACAGCUAUCUUUCCUCGCUUCGUUGAGUCUUCUCGGCUUUUUCUCAAUUAAGACUGACGAGAGUUCUCGUUGCGAUAAGGUAAUUAAUAUCUGACCGUAGACAUCAUUAAACGACCAGCCAUCGCGAGCAUAGUCUCAUCCAUAGACUUCCCUCAGAGAAAUAUAAUUUAAUACUGAAAAUUAUUUAUUCUGACUAUUAAAAGCACUAAACAACAGUACUUUUAUUACUCAAAAUAAAUAAUUAAUCUUCUUUUCAGUAUUAAAUUUCUAUAAGAGUUAUAUAAUAGAUUGCGCGUUUCCAUUGGAGACGUGAAGACAACAUUAGUAACAGAGAGUUGGUGUCACAAAUGUUUUCCUUGUUCAUUUGUACAAUAUAUAACGGAAAGAGAGAGAGAGAGAGUAACAAACCAUUCAUAUCUCAAUUUUUUAUGUGUUGUCUUCAGCUGCCACAUAUAAAUGCGCAAUUUAUUGUGGGCGUUUUUCAGCAUUAGGAACACAAUGUAACACAACGAAUCACGUUCUUAAUUGUUACUUGCUAAACAAGAAUGAAAUAAUUCACACUGCUGGAAAACGCCCUGUAUAAGUCUAUGGUCUCAUCUUUUCGCAAGAGAGAUCUCGUUCUCCGGUCGUUUCACGUCUCCAAAGAUUGAUUUUAGACUUGCAUGAAACCAUAGACAUAAUAAAAAUAAACUGCAUUCCUGAAGUUGUCAUUAUUGGUUUAAAAGAAGUGAGCUUGAAGCAUAUCGCUCUUCUCUCGCUCUCUCUUUAAAAUAUCGAUUUAAAGAGAGAUGCUGAUAGAGUCGAAAGGAGAUGCUGAUAUGUUCAAUUUUUUUUAAUUGCAUAGAAGCUAAGAUCAGGGAAUACUUAGUAUAUACUAUAUUAUGUCUAUGUUCGAAAUGGACAAGUGAUAACAUCGUUCGAUGUCACAAGCCGGAGUUGGAUUUAUCAUAUUUGCGAAACUCGUCCGCAAAUGUGAUUGUUGCGUGCUCGAGAUACGCAGCGGACGGAGUUGUCGAGGCGCGGCUUUGGCUACUUUCUCGUUACGGUUUUGCUCCCGACGUUAUUAUCGUGUGUUGACACCUCUAGUGGUAUUACGUCCCCGGAUUUCCUGAACUUUUCUAUUUCUCUUUUUCCCUCCGGUCUCUUAAUCCCCCUGGUACUUACUUGUCAUUCUUUUGCCUCCAUUCUCGUCGCAGCCCGCGCGUUCUUCGUCUCACAUCUCACCGGAUCGUCAUUUCUCACCCUUAUAUUAUUAAAUACAUAACUUAGCAAUUAAGAGUUUUAACGACCCGCGACGCAAAGGUUUAUAGGAAUCGUCGCCGAUAGGACGCGAGAUUUCUGGUCGACUUUAGCUCUCGGCAUAAAAGUAAAGCCCGCGGCACACGAUGCUUAUUUUCCUGCUUACGUUUUAGUAAAUUACUAGAAGUUCUGCGUUCUGUGUGAUGUAGUUCUAGUGAUUUAAAACGCGAGCAGUCCAGCAGGAAAACGAGCAUCGUGUAUCGCAGGUUUUAAGAUAAGUAAGAACUCGCGCGACGCGAGUUCCUGUCGGCGCCGACGAGCUAAUCGCGCGCCGAUGGGAAUCGUCGUCACAAACAGUGUGUCUGUGUGUAUAUAUAUGUAUAUCAUUAUGUACAUUAUAUCUGUUACAUAUUAUGUACAUACGUAUAUGUAUAUAUAUAUAUUUAUUUAAAAAGAGGGCACUUGUCCGUGCCUGAUAAAAUUGCUCCAUACAUACACAUCGCUCGCGUCAUUCUAGUCGGUAUAUGUAUGAUAUGUACGUAUCGAUGCGGACGUUUACUGAUUACAUCGGUACGUAUAUAGAUACGUUUAUCAAUCGCCCAUCCUGUAAUUAAAGCUCAUCAUUUUUAAUGUAUGUGAACUAUUGUCGUGGCGUGUAAUAUUCGUACUUGUAUAAAGGUAAUUUCGCCCGCGUUAACGCUCCAAUCGUUCUCGCUCGAAUCGUCCACGUUGGAGCAUAUUCUUAAGAACGAAUUUCAUUAUUUUCUUCGAAAAACGGUGACAAACCUUGCAUAUUUCUAAUGUACGCCGACAGCUCUGUACGAAUAAAGGUUUGGAAGUAA